CUAUUCACAGAUCCAAACUGGUAACGUUUUAUCGGAGAUUGUAUAUUCUGCUUUUCCUCAAGUACCUUUCGCUUCCUUUUACACCAUCUAUCUCCAUAUAAUUUCCCUUCUUCAAACCCAAAGCAGCUACAUACACUAUCAUCGUCAUCAUUCACAACCCCUUAUUCCUUAUUCUCCUCUCUUUCUCUUUUUUGCUGGCAUUUUGCUAUCAGCAAACCCGGGGAUCGACGAUUGAUCAAUCAGAUCGAGUAUAGAUUCUGAUUCUUUUUGCUCUGUGAUUGACCAGUUCAUCAAUCGUUUCGAGUUUGUUUUUGAUUCAUCACGAUUGGUUAAUAGUUGUGAUUGAUCAAAUAAUGUGGGGGGGUUUCUGAUUUAGGGUUUUGGUAGAGUUUUUCGCGGUGUUGAUUGGGGGAUGUGCAGAUUAAGAGGCGAAAAAUGGUGAUUGUUGUGAUAAUUGUUAAGUAGAUCGGGGUUUAGUAGUGGAAUCGACGCCACAUUCGUCAUCCGAUACUUCCCCUCUCUUAAAAAUGCAACAUUCUUCAUCUGGUGGCGAUGACGGUAACGGUGGGUCGGGUGUCGGUAACGGCGCUUUUGGUUGUAUUCAACACACUGUCUCUAAAUACGAUACACUUGCUGGCGUCGCAAUCAAAUAUGGCGUUGAGGUGGCUGACAUCAAGAAGAUGAAUGGCCUAACAACCGAUUUACAAAUGUUUUCCCGCAAGUCGCUUAAGAUACCGUUACCAGGGAGGCAUCCACCAUCUCCCAUAAUCUCAAACGGACACGACACUCAAGGACAAAGUAGCUCAGAGAUGACGCCACCCAAUCGUAGAUAUUCCGAUUCAAUUAAUUCACUCAAAUCACUCAAAUUAUCAUCUUCAUCUUCACCCCCGCGAAAUAUGUCAUCAUCCAUCGAUUCUUUACGUGACUAUUACAGACUUACACCAAACAAUCACAACAGCGUGAAAGAAGGUUUUGAAAUGACUCAAACGCCCCUUGGUCUUCACAGAAAGUCAAAAAGCGAAAAUAACGGGUUUUCCAAGAUAUCUAAAACGGAUGUGAAAGAAGCUGGUUCUGAUAAAAGCAUUGAGAAGUUGGUGAGAAGAAGAAAGUCAGAGGUUGACCUUAACAACCACACCCCGGACAUGAUGAUGACAUCAUCAGCAGCCUAUGUGAAAGGGUUGGGACUGCGGCCAAAAAUAUCAGAAGGUGCUUCUGAUGUAAACAUGGUGCCUGUGGUUCAGGCGUUUAGUGGGGUGAGGAAGUCUUCAAGUGCACCAACUUUUCAACUUUCAGAAGCUGCUAAUAACAGCAACAGUAUCAGUAACAGUAAUAGUAAUAGUAACAGUAGCCCAUCUUCAUCGUCUUUUUGGCCAAUGUCUAUGUUGAACUUCACGAUGGAUCUUCAAGCAGCCAUAACAAGUCCGCUGUUUGAUGGAUUGCCAAAGCCUACCAGUGGUCGGAAGAAGAAGCCGGCUCGUGAUUAGUAUUUUUGGAUCUAUUUAAAUGAAAUCCGAUCGAAUCUUCCAUUAUGAGAAAAUAGGAAGAAUCGGUGAUAGGGAAAUAAGAGGAUUUAUAUUUUAUAUACCAUGAUUGUAAUUUUUGGGCAGGGAUAAUAUACACAUUUAGAUAGCACAAGUAGGAAAGGAGGCAAAUGAGCAUCAGGGGCUUUCUAUAUUGUAUAUUUGAAUUUGAGGUUUAGAAGCAAGAAAUUGUUUGAUAUGUC